AUGGCGGCACUUUCCAGCAUCCUACGCCUCGUGUGGGCUUCUAUGCCAUACUAUGCUGCGAUUGCCCUCGUAACUUAUCUUCUAUUGUUCACGACCUAUCAGAUAUUCCUCCACCCGCUGAGCCGCUACCCGGGCCCCUUGCUCGCCAAACUCUCCAAUGCGUACAAUGGCUUCUAUGCGCACCAGAAGUGCCUCCAUCUGGUCACGAGACAGAACCAGCUCAAAUACGGUCCCGUGGUCAGACAAGGGCCGAACAAGCUGGUGUUCAAUUCCAUAUCGGCUUUGCAAGACAUCUACAAGAAUGAUCGUAUCACGAAGCCCAGAUCGUACCAGGCUGUGGGACCAGGCAGGCGGGUGCCCAACAUGUUCGCGACACGUGACAAGAAAUUACACCGAGCCAGACGCCAAGUGGUCGGACAGAUCCUCACAGACCGAUCUCUACAGGCGUUCGAGCCCACAAUGAUCGAGCAGGUCGACAUAUUCAUCUCACAGCUGCUCGCAUCCGCCCAAUCAACCGAGCCAGUCAAUAUGUCCAUCCGAACGAGACAACUAGGUAUGGACAUCGCCGGCCUUCUCAGCUUCGGUUACGAGUUCAAUCUCCAGACCACCGACGAACAUCGGUUCAUGUUUACUACCUUGGACGGCCAGGUUCCAAGUAGCAAUGUCUACUUCAACUUCUACUCGCUGAGACCCUGGGUCCGAUGGAUCACCAUGCUGCUGGUCGGCAAGACACGCGAGAGAACCACACGUCUGAUGGAGAAGAUCGUCACCACGCGCAUGGCACUGGAGAAGGACGCGAGACACGACCUCUACUCCUUUGUGGCGCAUGCCUUGGAUGCGAAGUCAGGCGGUCUGCGACAGAGCGAGCUCUGGGCUGAGGCACAGUUCUUCCUCACGGCGGCCGGUGAGACAACGAAAACGACUAUCAGUGCCGCGGUCUUCUACCUAUCUCGGAACCCCGAAGUCUACGAAAAGCUAGCUCAUGAGAUCCGUUCCGCUUUCACCAACGGUGGUGAGAUCAAUGGUGCAGCGCUAACGAGCUGUCGAUACCUUCGGGCUUGUAUCGAUGAAAGUCUACGCAUGUCUCCACCUGUGUCCGGUAUCCUCUGGAGAGAAAGAGCUCCGGACGAGAAUGACAGCCAGCCUCUUGUGGUCGAUGGUCACGUUAUCCCUCCGGGAACGGUGGUCGGUGUGAAUACGUACUCCCUCCACCACAAUGAAGAGUACUUCCCUGACCCUUUCGCCUUCAACCCGGAGCGGUGGCUCGACUCGUCUACGCCCGAGGCCGCAAAGUUAGUGCGCAAUGCUUUCAUCCCCUUCUCCGUUGGCUCUCGAGCAUGCGCCGGCAAGUCCAUGGCGUACAAGGAAAUCAGUCUAGUGCUUGCAAAGACACUGUUGUACUUCGACUUCAACGCGGCUCCCGGCAAGCUGGGCGAUGUCGGCGCAGGAAACCCAGAUCUGGGACCAGGCAGAGAACGGCCCGGCGAAUUCCAGCUGUAUGACAAUUUCAGCUCUAGUCAUGAUGGACCAUAUCUUACAUUCCGGUCUCGUGGGGAUUUCGGGAAAGACCUGAGUCGGUGA